GUUUUUUCUUUCAGAGAGGACACUUACCGGUACGCUGCCAGCUUCGUUGAAGAUGGAGAGAGGAAGAUUCACUGCGCCGAGAAGGAGAGUGCUGCGUCCUCAGAGGUUCCGUGACGAAGAGGAGGUCGGCCAAGUCCACGGUUCCGGUGCGAAGAGGAAGGUAAAUUUCUCCCCUCUAGCUGGACGCUCCAACAGGCGACGCAGGAUGAUGGAGGUCAUCACUGGAGAAGACGCCGCCAGCAGCCACGGACCGGAGGAAGAGUUCGGAGGUAGCGGGUCGGAAGAAGAUGGCGGCGGUACGGAGUUGCAGGCAUCGCGAGACUUGGAUGACGUCAUCGCACCGGAAGUAGGUAAGGGAGCCGGAGCGGUCCACACCGCUAAGGGCCCUAUUACUCCCAGCCACAUAUUCCCACAGCCGGGGGAGAAGGAGAAGGAAUACCCCAGGCAGCACCCAAGGGGCCCCAAAUCUGCUCACCACGCCUGCCCACCAACGAUCGGGGAGCUUUUACGUCACGGGGCAAGGCACCAACCAGGGGCCCUAGGUUAUUGAAACCCCGCCAGACAAACCCCAUCUCCGCCCGAACAGGGAACCCCCCUCCCAGUAGCCAGAGGGGGGUCCCUCCAAGUAGCACGGGCCGGGGACCAGGGAAACGCGGGGGGAAAAGCCAGGCCCGCCCCAACAACCCCAGCAGUCCAGCACCCACAGCUCCCCCGACCCAUAGGAAUGCCCAUAGAGGGGGAGGGAGCUGGGAACAGGAGCAGGGCUCGGACGAAGGAGAAUGGGGGAUGGAGGCAGAAUCCACCCCAAACCAAUCUAGGGCAAGGCACCCAGGACCUUUCCCAAGGGGGGGAGGGAACUCCAGGCCCAGGGGAACAGGUGGUCACUCGUAUUUUCAAACCUCAAGACACCGGAGCCAGCCACAGUGGUCUGGGGAGUAUGACCAAUGGGAAGAUGAUGACUCUUGCUAUUUUAUCGAGGAAUACAAUUACGAGGAUGAUUGUGAAUUUUUUCCUGCAAGCAGCCACGGGCAUCGGCAAAGGAGGCCAGUAAAAGGAAUGUGGCAGGAAGACAUUGGUUACGGAAAUAACCGGGUGCCAAGUUUUUAUUUUAGAAACCGAGAGGAGGAGGAGAGUUGGAUCCAAUGGAGAAAGGAGAGAGAGCAGAAGGGAGAGGAGGAAGCAGGACCUUCAAGACGGCAGGAAGGAAGGGAGAGGGCUUCAUCCAGUACAGAAGGGCAGUCUUCACAGAACGGCGACAGGACCAAGGUGCCUACACGGAAGACUACUAUGGCUCGUGACCCCCUCUUAGAAGAAUUGUGUGAAAGGGCAGUAUCCGAAAAGACUCUUUCCAGCUACAAAAAGGCCAGGAAGAGAUGGCAAAUAUUCUGCAGAAGCGGUAAGAGCAAUCAAGGCACUAAGGAUUUGGUGUCAUUUUUAAUGGUCCUGUACAGAGAAGGAAAGUCAAGAGCAGGAGCCAGCAACGCAUUAGCCGCAAUUUCUCAUUUUUCCAUAGUAAAGGGUAGGGCAGAUAUCACACAUGAUCCAUUAGUUAGGAAAAUAAUGAAGGGAUGGGCAAGAGUUGAAGGCCCCAGGGUCGAUAAGAGAGAACCCAUAAUCGAAUGCAGACUAAAAAUGAUUAUGAACUCUCUUGAGGAGGUGUGUUCAGACCAAUUUGAAUGUAUUUUGUUUAGAGCAGCCUUCGCUCUGGCUUUCGGAGGAGCAUUUAGGAUAAGCGAAUUGGUCCCCCCAUCCAAGAAGGUAACAGAUAAAGGUUUAAUGUAUAGCCAGGUUUUGUUACAGGACAGGAAGUUGUUAGUUUACAUCAGUAGAUCAAAAACAGAUCAGUUGGGUAAGGGCAGAUGGUUCAGUAUAGAAAAAACUUCGAGGAUAACAUGCCCGGUCAAGGCCUUGCAGGAUUACAUAGGGAUGCGCCCAGCAGGGGGGCACCUUUUGUUAAUUCACAGGGACUUAUCCCCCAUGUCAGCAUUUCAAUUUAGGCAAGUGCUCAAAAAGGCAGUCAUUGCGAAUGGAUGGGAUCCUAAAAAAUUUGGAUCACAUUCAUUCAGGAUCGGGGCAGCAACAGAAGCAGCAAUGAGGGGAGAAACAGAGGAUAGGAUAAAAGGGAUUGGGAGGUGGAAAUCAAAAGCAUACAAAAAAUACAUACGCCCCAUAAAUGUAACACAGUAGUAGUCCUACAAUUUU